UUGCAUUGACAGAAUGAUGAGAAAUGAUACUGAUCAGGGUGAACAAAACAGCCGGGUGGAGGACAGUGGUUCCAUCCCGGCAUCUUCUUGAAUACAGAAACAUUUUAAUCAUUCGCUUCGAAAUGCCACUAUAUCCCAAAACAGCUGCCGGUUGGCACUCGUGGUAUAUAUACCAGAAAGAGCUACUCAACACAAAUGAUGAACCUCAAUUCACCUCACAAUUGUGUCACUAAAAAGGAAGCAUAUUCUUGUCUGAAUUUCAGAUUACGGAUUCAGAUCACGCCAGGUGACACGAGGUUAUGAGGCUUCCCAUCAUCUCACCUGAAGCCGUCACAAAGCUGACGUCUGCCAUGGCGGGCGCUUUUACAAAAGUCGCAAACGUCACAGAACAACUUGCCGGGGGUAUUCUCAAUCACUUUGUGACACGUCAUGUAAACGUGACCUAUGACCUCGCCAAGAACGUGACUAACAUCACAGCAGAAGGAGUCAGCAGCCUUGUAAAGUCCAUAGGCGAUGUCGGCAUGUGCGAGUUCACAUUCACCAACGUCACAAUCAGCGGAAACACAACCGAGGAAGUGGUGAGCUACAACCCAGUCAACUGUGGUCUGUACGGCCUCUACCCGCCUAUUAAGUAUCUUCUGAUCCUCGUCCUCAUCGGCUUCCUGCUCUGGACACUCUUCGGCAACGGCUGCCUGAUAGGCGUCGUCAUGACAGACAAGGACAUGCAGGAACCGGGAAACAUUUUCCUGUGUGCCCUCGCCCUCUGCGACAUUGCCCAGUGCCUGAUGUUCUCACCAAGUGCCAUACACAGCCUGUUGCACGGCGUGUCUCCCGGCUGGCUCGGGUGCAGGAUCCAGGCUUUCCUCGUCUCUUUCCUGUCCUGCCUGACCAUCUACCUGCAGGCGGGGCUGCUGUUCUGCCGCUGGGUGCACAUCGCGUUUCCCUACCACUUCGCCAAGCACCUGGCAAGCAGCCGACUCGCUCUCGGCAUGGCCGCCUGCUUCUUCGUCGCCCUGGUGCCGCCUCUGGUCGGGAUCGCACGGGUCGGGCGCGUGUCCACCUGGGCGCUUGACGUGGCUGCUGCCGACAUCGCGGUGCCCGUGAGCCUGCUGUUGCCGUGCACACCCGGCGGCACGGAGAGCACCGUCACCACGUUCCUGUGCGGUCUCGGGCAGAUCAUUGUGUGCUGCAUUGCCGGCCUCAUCUCCAAGGUGGCAUGGGACAACGAGAAGAAACACGACACGAAACGGGCUUGGGCGGCCCAGGCUGACCAACUGCCGAAGAAGCUCAAAGCUGCCAAGACCUUCGGGAUCGUUGUCGGAGUCCAGUGGGCCUCGUGGGUUCCGCUGAUCAUUCUGGUGAUCGCUCAUUCCGCCCCCAUCUGGGGAGACAUCACCUACAUCAUCAUGCAGACCUCCACCUUUUCGGAUUCCCUCGUCUACGCCUACCGCAACGACGUCUACCGCAAAGCCAUGAAAAGGGCUUUCCGCAAGAUGCGAAGGAUGAUGAAUGAUCUGUGGUAA